AGACGAGGAAGCGAGUACAACAAACGAUAUUCCUUCUUACAGCACCUGGUACAGGGUUUUCUUCUUCAGGAAAGCUAUAAUAGGCUGAAACAUGCAUCAAUAACUCGUGUGGAUUUGGACCUUGAACCAGCCAUGGUAGAGUUUACACAACAUAAAAUAGAUGAGAUAAGAUGUUCUUCUUCAUGCAUAAAACUACAACCUGAUCAAGAGUCCAGUGAUUAAGAGUUAAAGAGAGAAACAUAGUAUUGAGAGUAAACAUGAUUAAACCAAUCAAAUGCUGCCGUCGAUGGUCAAAAUGCCUGAUAUUUAUGAUAUUUAUGUUGACGUGUACAUGUUCCAUUGCAAUUCAAGAAUGUGUAGAUGACUAUUACAACCCUGGACCCAUUACCACAGACAUAUUAGUAAGGUCAUUCUUUUCGGUUGAGUACCAGGAGGCAGAAGAACAUACGUCACAAUGUCGUGUUCGUUAUCUCGUUCCCUUCAAUGCGACCGUGUAUCAAGGGAUGAGAGCUUCUCACCAGCAGCAUGGAGACAACUUCACAUAUGAAUAUGACACUUAUAGAAAUUUGGGACAUCACGUGACAACAAUCAAUGGGGUGAAAGGUCAUGACACAACUCACUGGGCCUUGCAUCACGGAGAGACUUUAGAAUCUGCAGAGUGCGGUGUAGACCACUUACACAUUGAAAAUGAAGACAUAUAUCUUUGGCGCUAUACAGACUAUGAUGAUGGAGAAUUUGAUCCGUUUAAUUCAACUGGAGAGUGUCACACGGUAAUUGAUGACAUUAUUCCAGCUCUCCCCUUCACCGAUGUAGCUGUCUAUUUAUCUGUUUCAACACAAAACACUGCUUCAUUCACUAAUGGUUCAUUUGUAUCAGCGAUGUGCAAGCGACUUAUAUUAACAGAGAAAACAUCCACAUUUUAUGAUGUCACACUGGCAGCCAAUGAUCAAGCAAUUACAUCAUUUUUUACUAAAGUGGAUUCUGAGGAUUAUGGUAUAACUGAAGUAAAUGGCUUAAUCAAUCAAGGUGGUUACACUUGGAGAAUAUUUGAAGUGUUAUCUCAAGAUAUAUUUCCAACAGAUUUAACACGGACUACGAUCCAAGAUGGUGGUCACUAUGAAUACAGAUUCACAGAAGAUGAUCUAUAUGCAACUCAACCAUAUGAUGUCACAACUGAAUCUAAAUCUGAAAGGAUGAAAUUCAACCUUCAUUACAUCAUUGCACUAAUAACAAUUAUUAUGACAAUAGCAAUAAUAGAUAUCUAGGAAAUAUUUUGGGGUUUCAUUCAUAUUGUUUAAAAUGUUCACAAUCAUUCUAUUUUUCAGCAGAUGAAAAUGAUUUUAUUUGAGGCAUACAGGACCUCUCUUUUUGAAGAUAAUGAAUAAUCUCCAAAUGUUGUUGAACAAAUACGGUUUAACUCUGUUAGAAUUCUACUAAUGGGAAUAUGGAGUAUUCCUUGGACAAUCUGCCAAAUAACAGAUACAGGUCUUGUAUGCAAUCAAUCAAGAAUUAGAUAAAAGACAACAAAUCUCACAAUUGAUAUGAAUUUAAUAUAUUUUAUUUUCACUAAUUUUUAGACAAAUUUGAUUAAAUGAUCAUAUGCUUUGCUUCUCAGUACCUGUCUGUACAAAAACAUAAAUAUUACUGGUCUUAAAAACAUACACAUUUCAAUAAAUAUUAUCUAUACAGUGUACAGUGUAUAUACUUACAUGGUAAGAUAUGACAAGUAUUCAAGCAAUAACCAGAGACUUGGUUAGCAUUAAAUGUUUCUCACUUCCAGGCAAAGUCAUUGUAUUUGGUCAUUUGAUGUCAAAUGUAUGAAAAGCAUAUCUGGGAACAGCAAUUUAUGUGAUUUGCCAUAAUUGGGGGGGGGGGGGGGGGACCCUCCUGCCAUUAUUUGACCAAUUAUAAUAACAAUAAGGGUAACAAUGGAAUUUUAAUAACACACAUUAUACAAUAAUAAGGAACAAUAGAAUUGCACAAAAAUGACUCCACAGCAAAAAUAUUUCUUAGUCUAUACAAUCACAUAAUUAUAAUCAUUUGAACAAAUUAUCUUAAUAAGAAUCCAAAGGAAAACAUCUUAUAUACAUUCAUUAGAUGCCUCUUUAUGCUUGAUGUAUAUUCAUUAUGGUAUACACACACAAAAGCUACCCACCAUCGUAUGAAUUGAUAAUUUUCAAAUACAAAUACAUGAAAAGCAAAGUAUGCUGCGUAGGUUUAACAUAAUGUUUAUACUCUAAGAAUUGAUCGAAUCUUUUGACAUCUACAGGUUGCAAAAAAAAAAAAAGUUUCCUAGACCAUGUUUACUAUUCAAAUACUUCAUGUAGACUUAUAAGAACAGUUAAUAUAUUACCCUUUCAAAUGAUAGUGCAUACGUUCCUACUUCAUAACUUUUCUAAAGGCAUGACAAUUAUUGUGACACAGAGCAGAAUUUCUCUUUUGACCUAUACAUUCAAAUUUCUAAUUCAAUUCCUAUUGCUAAAGGUGAAAAAGAUAAUUAGCAAAAUUUGCACUCUUCUUACAAAACCCUAUGGAAGCAUAUAUAUUGAUUGAUAGAUACCUAAAAAGCAGAUUUAUCCUAUCAACUUUACGAGAAUUCCAUCGUCAUGUAAACAUUAUCAGAGAAGAAAUAGCAAAUUUUAACAGUUUCCUUACCAUAAAAACAUUGUUAAUUUAUGAAAUAAAAGAAUGAGUUAUCAUUAUACUGCCUUUAAGCAGAUUGUUGAAAAAUGUAGGUAUCCCCUAAUCCCUUUGGCAUUACAAGAUUAUAUGUUAUGCUUACUUCGCUGGAAGGAGUGAAUUAAAACUUCAGAGGUUGCAUCUAAAAAACUUGGAAUGUAUGUACAUGAGCAUUAUUCCAUCUAUGCCUUGAUGAUAACUGUGUUGUAAUGUACAAAUGAAAAUUAUACAAUUUUAACAUAAAGUACCAGGCAUUAACUUGAUGAUAACAAAAGAGCCAUGUUGCACUUUGUGCUUGUUCUGUUAAAGGGGAAGUUCACCCUGACAAAAAUUUGAUUGUAAAAAUAGCAGAAAAAUAAUUGAAAAUAUUGACAAAUGUUUGAGAGAAAUUCAUAAAAAUAUAAAAUAGUUAUUAAAAUUUCAAUUAUUUGAUUUGUGGUGUCAUAUGCGAGCAGCUUUCCUACAUAUCGAAUAGUAAAAAAUCUAUGAAUUGUCAUUUUCUCAGAAAAUUGAAAAUGGUUUUUAUUGUACCUUCAGUUUAUCAAUAGACAAAUGAUUUCACACCCGUUCCUAAUACG